AUGGAGCUUCUAUCCAAAGCAUCUCCUAGCCAUCUCCUUUGCCCGGAACAGGGGAGGAACAACUUCCUCUUGGCACCGGAGCAGGGAGCAGUAGAUUUCUGGCGGCAGCAAGCUUCUCGUCGGAACAGCGGUGGCGUCGACAGCUCCCAUAGGCGGCAGGUCUUUGCGACAGCAGCGACAGCAGCGACAGCUGCAGCGACGCUGAACAGGACAACAACUCCUGCGUUUGCUCUGGUCGGCAAGGAAGUUGCUGGCCGGAGGAGAGGAGCUUUGGGUUGUGCUUGGGUGGCGCUAAAAGGGGCAGCAACGGUGUUGGAGUUGGCUGGAAAUGCCACUAUGGAUAAUAAGAAGAACCACAUUAUUCAGUUAGCUGUGGAGAAUGACGAGGAGCUUGGCAAGCUCCUAGCCGGUGCGAUGAUUUCUAGUGGUGGGAUCAUGCUCAACAUUCACUAG